AUGGCCCACGAGAGGAAAAAGCAACUCAUCCCGAGAAGGAUGGCCAACUUAUCCGCAGAGGGUGUAGCAGCCGUUAUUCAGCUUCAGCAGCAAAAAGGCCGCCAGUACCUGAGAGAGUUGCUGGGAUGGAGAGAGUUUGAUGAAAUCCGGGAUCUGCGCCAGAGCAUCCAACUGGACGUCCACUACCGCAGCCUGGUAUUCGCGGCCGAGAAAGGCUUGCCUUGGGCAGCGGUGGCGGAAGUGGGGAAAUUGACUGGCGAAGUCUUGGAGGAAACCAAAGGCUGUCCCCUUUCACAGGCCAUCAGGAUCCUCCAGGAGAAACUUGCCGCCUUCCGGGUGAAGCUGCCGGCUUUCCAGCUGCGUGCCGUGUGUGACUUCUUCCACAACACGUUUCUCAAGCAUUACCAGCUGCACCAGUUCGUGCUGGUCCGGGAGAGGGACCGCCGGCAGAGCUUUGCCAGCCUGGAGGUCUGUGCUCCCCCCAGGCCUCUCCCACUGGCCGAGGGCACUGACAGCCAAGUCUGGGCUCAUCAGCAGCAGCUGCUGGCCCUCUCUGCGGCCGAAGAGGAGAAGCGGGCCGAGCUGUUGCGGGUCGGAGAGCUCUUGCGCUGGGAGAUGGAGCGCCUGCUGCUGGAAGUGUGCGGAAAAGUCCGAAGCAGGGAAGGAGCCCUCCGCAAAGAGCAUCUCGUGUCCCUUGUCAAAGAAGCCAUCGAGACUCAGGUCCAGAGCCUGCAGGAUAUCGUCCAGCAUGAGAUCAAGGUCACCUUUGAGAUCUUGCAGCUGAAGCUUGAGAAGAAGGCUCUGAUGCUCAACUCACCUGCUCCUUACCCUCCACCUCCCUGUCCUGAGGAACGAGGAAGGAAGGCUAACAAACCGGCCAAGAAUCCGCAGGGGAAAAAAUCGGAAAGUAAGGAGAAGGAGAAGAAGAAGGAGAAGGAGAAGAAGGCAUGA